AUGACCUCCACAUCCUCACCCUCCUCCGAGACAGCAUUCGCUCAAGCGUGCGAUCUUUGUCGCCGCAUGAAGAUUAAAUGUGACCGAAAAGACAAUGAAUGCGUUCACUGUCUGACCACGGGGUCCGAAUGCGUCUUUGCACUGAUAGAGAGAAAGCAGCCAAAGGUCAAGAGACCCGAGCAAUUAUCGGUAAUGGAGGAGCGGAUUGCAAGGAUGGAAGCCAUCAUUAUGUCAUCGGGGCUGGAUAGACGGUACCGAGAGCCGACGCCUGAUAACGCUGAUGAUGAAGAGCUGGCCGACAAGUUUUCCUCAUUGGUUUUCGAUGGGAGCGGGAAGAAUGCUAGGUACAUCAGCCCAGCCUCCAACUAUUCUCUGCUCUCACCACCAGGAAUUCGAUGGAUCACACAGAAGGUCGGCUCAAAGGAUCUUGAGACCGUCAUGGCAGAGCCAUCACUCGAUGAUCUAGCAACAUGGCGAGACUUUAAAGCAGAAUUAUAUCAGCCUCUGCCUGACAAAGAGCGAGAGCCUUUGCCAAACAUUGACACAGCGAUUGAAUAUGUCGAGUGUUUCUUCGCCGAUUUCAACACAGUCCAUCCACUUUUCAAUCGAACAAUAUUCAACUCUUAUCUCUACUCGCAAUAUUCUGCCCAACCGUCAGAAGAUGUUGCGUGGUAUGCUGCCUUCAAUGUUGUGCUGGCUAUUGGAACCAUGCAGCAGCAGAUGCGAGUUCUAAAGGCAAAUGAUCUCGGUCCGAUUCUAAAUCAUCGCAAUCGACUUUUUACAACAGCCUGGAGAUACUUUCGCAACGCCAGUAGUCUUUUCAUCGACUUGACCUUUCAAUACCCCAACGUUGUAUCCGUUCAAGCCAUGUUGGGAAUGGCCUUCAUGCUGCAAACCCUUCCUGAGCCCCAGCCUUCUUACACUAUGAUUGCAGCAGCAUGCCAGUUGUCUCAGCGCCUUGGCCUACAUACCCCGAUACGCCAAAAAGCCGUCUCUCUCGAAGAGCUUGAACAACGUCAAAAUCUAUUCUGGAUCGCCUAUUCACUAGACAAAAUUGCCUGUCUUCGUUCUGGCUGUCCUCCUACUUUACAUGAUGAAGAUAUAGGCGUACGGCUUCCAGGAUCUAUCUCUUCCUCUCUAUCGCCUUCGCCUACGUCCUCUCCUCGAGAACCUUCGAUCUCACUCUUCCGUAUCCGGUGUGAGCUCAGCUUAAUCGAAGGCCGCGUCUAUAGCGAACUCUACAGUGCGCGGUCACGAUUGCGCUCAUCCACAGACAGACUAGCAGCUAUAGCACAGCUAGACAAGGAGAUUGAAAGCUUGAAGAAUCGCACUCCCAAGGAAUAUUGCCUCCAAAACGAGAUGUCUUGCGAUAAUGAUUUUAUCGACACGGUGCUAGUGCUCAAUUUCGCCUAUUACGAGUGCCUCCAAACAAUACACCGCGCGAGCCCGUUCUACAGAUCAUGGUACAAUGAAGACAGCCAGCUCUCUCCUCCACCAAAAUGUCCAGAAGGCCUCAAUCCGAGAGUCUUCUCAUCAACAGUGAUCUGUUUGGAUGCUGCUAGGAGCUCGAUCAAUCUUCUCCGCUAUUGUACCCUACCUCGUCGCAUUCACGACGGCCCGAGGCCUGGCGGUGAGCGAAACAAACCUCUGAUGUGGAACACUCUUCACGAUGUACUCAGCGCUACACUCUCCCUCUUUGUCAAUUUGCUACAGAACAUCGAAGACGAGAAUGCAGAGAGGGACGUACAGCUCAUACGUAUCGUGGCAGAUUUCUUGGGCACCUACCAUACUCACCAUCAAAGCCGUUCCACAGCUAACACGGAAAAUGAUGCACACUUCGCGGCAGCCAAUCGUACCAUCCUCAUCUUUCAAACGCUCGUCAAGACGGCUACUACAUAUAUCGAGAAAAACAAGCCGAGGAAGCCGACGAAGAAGAAGAGGGGAAGAGACCCUGCCCCAACCCCGUCGCAAGCAACGACCAGCUCAAAUGUCCCCAGCCGACAUGCGUCUUUGAACCAGAAACAAAGGCCAAUACGCAAAGCCUCCGCCUCAGUAUCCCUCUCCUCCCCCUCCAGAUCAACAACCGAGAGCCCUCAUUCGUCUGGCCUGCCCCCUUCUCGCUCUUCUUCACGAGCAUACACUCCUGCGUCCCAGCACAGCGUUUUCGACACCUUCAUCCCCCUCUCGGCUGCAAGCAUGAUCGCUCAGCCUAUGACAACCACUGCACCUGGCGACCCCUCCUCCUCCGCGUUCCCAGACAUGUCUCAAGUGAACACACCUUAUGACAUGAGUCACGAUUGGCAAAGUUCGCAAUCGAUAGGACCGGGACUGGAGAUGGGGGCGGGGAUGGGAAUGGGAAUGGGAAUAGGGAUAUCGAUGCCGCAGCAUAUGCUAAUUCCAUCCGCUGGUGCUAUCGAGCAUGCGGAUUUGAGCAUGGAGGUUCCAUUGAUGAUGCCGGGUCAUGUCCAGGGUUAUCCUGAUAUGCAAGCUGCGAAUAUAGGGGCGCCGGGCCAGGCGCAGGGGCUUGGCAUCGCUGGGCUGCAGGGUCAGGUAGUGUGGGGUAUGGAUGGGUCGGAGAUGGGGGGUUGGUAUGCUGGUGCGGGGGUGGGUGCUGAGGUUGGGGUUGGGGGUGAGAUAGGUGAGAUAGCUGGGGGAUUCGGGUCGGAGAAUCCGGGACCGCAGCCGCAGGAAUGGUGGGAUGAUGGACAUGAAGGGGUAAGAAGGGGGAGGACGGAGCGGUAUCAAGACGAUGGGUGA